ACACAUGCAAAUUUUCUUAAAUUGACAUGAGCUUUACCUCCAAAACCCAACAACUCAUAGCUCUUCUCAGUUCUUGUUCUUCUCUGAAACAUGUUUUCCAAAUUCAUACUCAAAUCAUAAUCUCAGGACUAUCUCAACAAAAUUUCAUCCUCCUCAAAAUUGUCAACUUUUUUGCUUCUCAUACUCCCAUAAACUCAUCUUCUUACGCCGGUCUUCUCAUCAAACAAUCGCAAAAUUCGUCGUGGUGGAAUAUCCUCAUUAGGAAUUAUGCUACAGGUGAAUACUGUUCACAUAGUGAAGCCAUUCGGUUUUUUGUUGAAAUGCGGCGUUCUGGAGCUGCUUCUGAUGAAUUCACAUACCCUUUUCUUUUCAAAGCUUGUUCGUCUUUUUUGGGUCUGAAAGAAGGGAAGCAGAUUCAUUGUGAUGUCAUCAAGAUGGGUAUUUGUAACAAUGUGUAUGUACAGAACACUUUGAUUCAUUUUUAUGGGUCUUGCAAGAAGAUUGUGGAUGCAUACAAGGUGUUUGAUGUAAUGUCGCUUAGAACUGUUGUUACUUGGAAUUCGAUAAUUUCGGCUUGUGUGGGAAGCUGUUGGUAUUAUGAUGCGAUUGAGAUUUUUCGCUUGAUGAGAAAAUGUGGGGUUCAACCUGAUGAGACAACUAUGGUGAUUUUUCUUUCUGCUUGUGCUGAGUUGGGUGACUUGAUUUUAGGGAAAUGGAUUCAUUGUCAAGUGAUUGAGCAAGGGAUGCAUGUGAAUUGUCAAUUGGGAACUUCCCUUAUUGACAUGUAUGCUAAAUGUGGAGCAGUGGAUUAUGCUCGUUUGAUCUUCGAUAGGAUUGGUGAAAGAAAUGUGUGGACAUGGAGUGCGAUGAUUCUUGGAUUAGCUCAGCAUGGAUUUGCAGCACAUGCCUUGAAACUCUUUUCGAAAAUGAAGGAUUGUUCUGUGAAGCCUAAUUAUGUGUCCUUUCUUGGUGUGCUUUGUGCUUGUAGCCAUGUUGGGAUGGUGGCAGAAGGGCAUCGUUUGUUUCAAGAGAUGGAAAGUCUCCAUAGCAUCAAGCCUAUGAUGGCACAUUAUGGUGCCAUGGUAGAUAUCUUGAGUCGUGCUGGACGUCUGGAUGAAGCAUACAAAUUCAUAGUUGUCAUGCCCAUUGAGGCUGAUGCAGUCAUAUGGAGGACAUUGCUCAGUGCAUGCCACAUUCAUGAUAUUAGCGACUAUACUGGAGUGGGAGAGAAGGUCAGAAUGAGGUUGCUUGGAUUGGAGCCUAAAAGGAGUGGGAAUUUGGUCAUGGUAGCAAAUAAGUAUGCUGAAACUGGAUUAUGGGAGAAAGCAGCAAAAUUGAGAAGAGGUAUGAAAGAGAGACGACUUAAGAAGAUCGCUGGAGAAAGCUGUGUAUCAGUUUUUCAGAAUCGAUAGAGGUUGUUAUCGAGUUCCAACGUGCA